AUGACUGCGCACGCUACGCGAUUAGAGAGUCUCUUUCUGCUUGUACAAGACGGAAGCAGUGCGCAGAUCCGCAAUAAUGCGGCGGAAAAGUUGGGGGAAGUGGCUGUGCGCUCUCCCCAGUUCUGCUUCUCCAUCUUACAAAAGAUACGACCACUAAUUAUCCAUAGAGAGUGGGAUAUACGUGUGGCUGCUUCUAAGUGUCUUGAUGUCAUGGCACGCUCUUUGCGGAACGAGGAUGAAAAUGUUGCAGAUGUGUUUGCCUUGGUCUCUCUUGGCAGUCACAAGGAUUUGGAUGCAGCGCUAAAUCUGCAGACAGUAGACGUUAAGAAGGUGGUGCAGGAGGGGGCACCGUUACUGCGCAGUGGAGGAGAGGAGUACCGAUACAGUACAAACUUGACGGAGGAAGAGCGGCGGAAUCAUGCCAUAAAGCAGCGGCGUCUGCUGUUACGACGCCUUAGUGGAGCGGGAGGGCCGAUUUGGAAAACGCGCGAGGAUUCACUGACGAAACGUCUGCUUCCUCGACUCAAUCGAAGUCAUGCACAGGAAAUUGCUGAUGACAUUGAGGCAAGCGAGUUGCAGGCUAUUGGGUUUUCUGAACGCACUAUUCGAAAGAAAGCGAGUGAAAUGUUAUCCAUGCCACGAAGUAACAAGCGUCGUUUGGUUGAUACUGCAGAGAUGGGGAGAUGUAAAAAACGAACAAAAGCUGAUUGUGAUGGUGAAGCCAAGGACAAAACUAUGAAACACGUAGUUGAUUAUAAGUUUGAUGAGGCAGCAAUGCAAACAAAAGUAAAAAUUGUUGCAAGCUUGGUCUCCGAUCUGUUUGAAAGUAUGCUUGAUUCGAAAUGGGAAGUUCGUCAUGGCGCACUAUUAUCGUUGCGGCAAAUUCUCCUGUGCGCUCACUUCACUGCUGCCGUUGAAGCAGUCAGGACAGCAGAAGACGACAGUAUGGAGCGAAAUUAUGUUGACAAAUGGCUGGAAGAGUGUUUGAUUCGAUGCAUUUGCGUAUUAGCACUGGAUCAAUUUGUAGACUACUCGGCUGAUGGGUCCGUUUCUCCUGUUCGCGAAGUUUGCGCACAGGUUUUUGGAAUUUUACUCGGGAGUCUUUCUUGUGCAGAAACGCUAGUUGGAUACCUGCAAGUGGUGCGUACGCUGUUUGGCGGGACGACGUGGCACGCUUGCCACGGCGGUCUAUUAGGGUUGAAGUAUCUUGUCCGUGCUCAUAGUAGUCAUGCCCAAGCACUGGUUUCUCUCUGCUUUAAUGAUAUCGUAACUGCGUUUUCCCAAUCCAACGUAGAGGAGGAUGUGUUGGUUCUAGCCGCAGACAUGUUUCAGCUUUUUGUGUCAUAUUUGGAUCGCGUCGAAGUUGCAGCUAUCAUAGAGGCUGCUCUAUUGUUAUGGAGAUCUCUGAAAUGCCAUGAAAAAGACGGUUUGGUAACUGCAAGCAUAGUUCGAGCUCUAUGUGCGUGGCAUACUUACACACCAGUUGCAGCAAUGUUGCAAAGCGACAACAGAGUCAAGGCAGCUGUUUGGCAAAAUUUAUUGUAUACGGUUCCAAUGCUUCAUCACCACUCGUAUUGUGUUCGAGCGUCCAGUGCAGCUUGUGCUGCAGCUAUUUUUUCAAGCGAAUCGUCUUUUUUGAAGUCAAGCUUAAUUGGCUUUGCUCGAUCUUUUCUGCCACAUCUACUGUUUCAAGUACUUUUGGAGGAAAGCAAGUCGAUCCAGCAAACUUUACUUGACGCUUGGAAACAAAUAAUAAGCAGCUUAUCGAAAGACGCUCUGCUUAUGGACGUCAUAGGUGAACAUCUGCCAAUUUGGGUGCGGCUGUUGUGGUCUACGAAGGAAAUAAAAAGCCUGAAUGUUGAGGUAGUAAACUCGUCCAGCACGAUACUGGGUGCAAACGAGAGCGAUUCUGCGGAUCGAAUAGUACAGCAAAAUGUGUUCUCUCGCGUAGCAUUUGCCGAGGCGAUUGGUUUUGCUGUUGCCCAUGUCCCUCUUUCCAGUACGUGUAUGGCUGAGGUAGUCCAGUUAUUGCGCGAUGGUGUGUGCGGUAGCUCUGGCGAGCGACAGUGUGGAGUUUUACUAGCACUGUCAAAAUGGGGCCUUUUUGAGAAGCAGUUAGACCGUAAAAACUUGGCGGAUCGAUCAUGUCGACUGCAGCAUUUGCACGCUUCAGUUGGAUUUAUGAUUGAAUCCGAGCAGCUUGGAUUAUUAAAACGUGUUGUGCAGAUGGAAGCGCGGAUUAUCGAAAUUUUCUCAUCUGUUGAUAUUAGACUUCAGCCCUCACAAAGCCUAGGCUUAGUAUCAGCAGCAGACAUUUCACGACAGGUCGCGGAGCACAUUGCUCAUUUUCCUUACGAUAAGUUGCGAGAACACCCACGAGAAUUUGAAUUGGCCCAUUUCAAACGGCAAGACCUCUUUUUGGUGGACGAGCUUGUUCAACAAAGUUUCUCUCGUUUUUACCACCGGGUACAAGGUCUUGGGAGCAGCGCUUAUUACGAGAUUAUGCCAACUCCUAAAAAGAGCGGAUUUUUAGUCAAAGCACUGAUGCACUCGAUCAAGAAAGAAGAGGAAACAAUGUUUCGUUCUAUUUCAUCGCGAACGAUAGCAGACUUUGUAAUAGGUCAGGCAGGCACUCAGAAGAAGUGUGUCAGUAAGAUAAUCUCCAAUCUUUGUAAUAACGCCACGGCGUUGGUUGGUGCAUCGGAAAUAUUUUUGCUGGGAGGCAGUAACUCACAGGACAAUCAGAGUUGCUCAAUUGCUCCUGAGCUUCUCAAGAAGACGGAAGUUCGAGUAACUGGAGCUGAGAGUGCACUGCGUGAAAUUUGCAAGUGUGGCGGCGAUUCUCUUUUUAAGGUGUGCCAUGUUCUAAAUGAUGUCAUUUCCAAGGCGUGGGGCCAUCCAAAUGUUAUCGACCAUACAAUUCAACAGUGCAUGCACUUGAUCGUUUUGAUAGUGCCCCACGUUCAGGGCGGUGCAAUGUUGACCUGCUUAGCGUGGCUUGGCGGGCUUUCUCGUUUGACGCAGCAGCCGUACAAAGAUCAGCAAACACGGCGAUUCGUGGCUCAUGCUGUUGCUACUAUUACCAAAUACGCAGAAGGGCAGUAUCGCAAAGAUGCAAUGCUUGUUGUGUACAACUCCAUUUUUGUUGUAUUUGUAAACGCUGAGAGUGCAGACAUCCAUUCAAAGAAUGAAUCAUUAUACGGCGCAGUCAUGGUGCUCGAUUGUAUCGCUCACGCUCUUGGAGCGGAUUUGGCGCCAUACGUACCAAGCCUUGUUCAUUACGCAAUGAAGGCGAUGAGUUCACAGUUCAAACAUGUUCGCACGUAUGCUGCUAAAGCAUUUGCUCAUUUAAUUCCAUUGGUCCCGCUUCAAAUGGAUAUCAAGCUCCGGGAGUGCGAUCAGCAGCUUCCUGCCUCAUUGAGAACGAUUGUGGAGCAGAACGCUGUUUCACGUAGCUUCCUGGAGAGCUUUGCAGAAGGUAAGGCUGUUCAGCAUGUGGAUGUCGAAACUUUGCUUGCUCCAAAGACAUGUUUGCGCUUGUAUCAACAGCAUGGCAUAGAUUGGCUUUGCUUUAUGGCCAAAAACAAUCUUCAUGGGAUUCUCGCUGAUGAUAUGGGUCUGGGUAAAACAUUGCAGACAUUUGCAGCUAUGGCCGCAACGUUAGCGUCAUCAGUCGGAACCAAAACGAAAGAGACUGCAAUGCUUUGCCUCGUUGUUUGUCCACCGAUUCUCAUUCAUCACUGGAUUGAGGAAGCUAAAAAGCACAUCCCAGGGUUUUUCAAAUCAAUUAUCGACUACUCACUUCCCGUAAGUGAGAGGAAGGCUUUGAACCUUAACGAUGGCAUGUUUCCAGUAUCGAAUCAAGGCCCAACAUUGAUUGUAACAACGUACUCGAUUUUGCGCACUGAUAUUGAGCGCUUGGGGAGCAUCGACUAUACGUACGUGGUACUAGAUGAAGCACAUUUGAUUCGGAAUCCAUCCACAGCUUUGUUUCAGUCUGUUCUUAACCUUCAUGCGUCACAUCGCGUUGCUUUGAGCGGCACACCAUUGCAGAAUAACGUCGCCGAUUUGUGGGCUCUCUUUGAGUUUUUAAUGCCCGGGUACUUGGGCGACGCCGCUGCAUUUCGUCGCGAGUUUGUGCUUCCUAUCAGAAAGUCAAAAGAGCGAAAUGCAACGACGAAGCAGAAGGAGGUGGCAGCUAUUGCAAUUGCACGGUUGCAUCAGAAGGUCUUGCCGUUUAUUUUGCGACGAACAAAAGAUCAGGUACUGAAGGAGCUUCCUCCAAAAAUUAUUUCCAAUGUUUUUCUGCCUUUAUCUUCACUCCAGAGACGCCUCUAUACUUUGGCAUCGUCAACAGAAUCUGAGAGCGCAAGCUCAAUAUCUUCUCGAUCCACCAAGUCCAGUGACAAGUCGGGGACGAAGCCAGUGGCGAACGUGCUCACAAGUCUUCAGCUACUGCGCAAAAUAUGUGUGCACCCAGCGCUUGUUGCAGAUGAAACUGUUGCUCGAAGUUUAAGUGCAAAGAAGAAAAAAGCUCUCCGGAGCUGGAAGUGCUCAGGGAAACUGGUUGGAUUACGUGAUCUAUUGAUAGAGUGCUGCGAUAUUGCAGCGUCGGAUCAAGAUAUUGGUCAAGGCUCUGCUUCUGACAACGAUAGUCUAGAUACUGGCAACAUUUCUCCACAUCGAUGCCUGGUGUUUGCUCAUUUGCAGCAAUCACUAGAUCUCACUGAGCAAAUGCUACAAGAUGCAUUGCCUACAACUACAUAUCGACGCCUUGAUGGUCAAACACCACGCACAAAGCGUGCUGAAAUCAUACGGCACUUCAACACUGAUCCAUCAAUCACUAUCUUGUUGCUGACAACAGCAAUAGGAGGCCUAGGACUGACGCUCACCGGCGCCGACACUGUAAUCUUUAUCGAGCACUCUUGGAACCCCUUUGUCGAUCUGCAAGCCAUGGAUCGUGCGCACCGCAUUGGACAGAAGCAAACCGUUCGCGUGUUUCGAUUGAUCAUGAAGGAGUCUCUCGAAGAACACAUUCUCACCCUUCAGAAAUUCAAAGAGCAAGUUUCGUCCACGAUUGUACCAAAGAGUGAUGCUCAAAGUAGCAUGAACACGAACACAACGGGUGUCCUUGACUUGCUGCAGGCGUCAUCUUCGGCGCUGGCUGCUAAGGAGCUUCAUGUAUCACUUACUGAAACAAAGCCUGGAGAUGGUGAUCACGCCGCAGCUGCGCUACCGCAAGGAGCCCAAGAACUUUUGAACCAGAUUGGUAAAUUAUGGGAUGAGUCGCAGUACGAAUCUUUAGCUUUUCCCGAAGAAGAAGAUAAGUAA